AUGACCGCCGUCAACCACUACACAGAGACACAGAUUGUUGACGAUAUCCCCAAGAACUACUAUGGUCCCGAGCCAUUCGAUGUGAACUUCUGCCUCCCGGUGGAGGACCACUUCGACCAACUAGAGUCUGACCGCGUCAAGCUUGUCCCCUUCCAACCCCGCCUUCACGCGCGUGCAUUCGUCGAACAGCUGGUGGCAGAGGACCUAGAGACCACGCAGUGGAUCGUAAUGUCGACGACUUUCGACGAGUUUCUUCCAUCUUUCGAGCGCCUCUUUCGGCGCGACACUGGUCAAUGCACGUUCGCUAUCGUCGAUAAGCUACGGCCCGAUCCAGCAUACCCAGAACUCCAUGGCGGGCUCGCAGGGAUGGUGUCCCUCGCGGUGGAUAACCCAGCAACAUUGGCGUCGGAGGUCGGGAUCAUCACCUUCCCCGCUUAUCAGGCGACGUACGUGACGACGCACGCGAUGGGGCUUCUCCUCAAGCUCACGCUCGACGUUGCGCCCAAGGGUCUCGGGCUUCGGCGGGUGCAGUGGUGCACUCAUAGCCAGAAUCAAAGAAGCGUUCAUGCUGCUGAGCGACUGGGGUUCACGAAAGAGGGGGUAUUGCGCUGGCUUCGCGUUCUGCCCGAGAGGAAGGAGGGGAAUGGCAUCUCUUUGCGCGAGGGUGAUCCAAAGCCGAACAACCUGGGAAGAGACACGAUCCAGUUGUCGCUUUGCUGGGACGACUGGGAGAACGGAGGGCGCGCACAGAUCGAGAAGCUCAUGGCUCGGUAA